UACGCUGUGUGCUGUGCACUACAUUUAUUUUUCGUCGGACUCGCGGUGGAGAUGGAGAUUAAUUGAGCUCGAGUGUGAGACUAACAGCAAUGCCACGCAGGCUCAAGAUCGCAAUAGUAAUUAAUGGCGAAUCGAGCCAACGUCAGUUCGCUAUCGACCGACAUAAUAAAUCAGUUUGGUUGUGAACCAAGACAUCUCAUCAUCCCACCCUGGAGUCAGGAGCUCAGGAACAGCAAGCAAGAGGAGAGGAAGAAGCUGAGAUGGCUGCAGGCGACGCUGCGACGCCAUUGCUGGUGCUGGAGACGGCGUACCAAUACCAUGAGGGCUGCCCCGCCUGCGCCGUGGAGCGCAGCAAGGCGGUCAACCCGGGCAUCCCCUACAUGCGCUUCUUCCACAUCUGGAUCAUCAUCCUCGUCUCAUAUAAGAGACUUGCAUGUUGCAAAAAGAGUAGAGGACAUUGGAUUCUAUGCAGGUUUUGUAGGUUCAUUGAAUGGCUUACUUGGACCAAUAAGAGCUUAUGCCGUUGAAGUUUGUCGACCAGAGCAUCAAUCCAUUGGAUUGUCAUUGGUUAGCACAUCAUGGGCAAUAGGUCUCAUUGUUGGGCCAGCUAUCGGUGGAUAUCUUGCACAGCCAUCAGAAAAAUAUCCAAUUCUAUUUCCAGCAAACUCAUUAUUUGGAAGGUUCCCAUAUUUUCUACCUUGUUUAUGUAUAUCGAUCUUCUGCUUCGUUAUUCUCAUAAGUUGCAUUUGGCUCCCGGAAACACUACAUAAACAUGCAACAGAAAGAAAUGGAGAUUGUAAAAUUGGAUCUUUGAGUACACAUUUGGUUGACUCCGAAGAGUUUGUCAAGCAACACACUGGACCAGCUAAAGAUAAGAGCUUAUUUAAAAAUUGGCCAUUAAUGUCAUCUAUUGUUCUCUUCUGCAUUGUCUCCUUUGAUGACAUGGCUUACACAGAGAUAUUUUCUCUAUGGUCUGAAAGUGACAAACAAUUUGGCGGACUAAAUUUCUCGUCUGAGGAUGUUGGUCAAGUUCUUGCAAUUACAGGUGCUAGCAUACUUAUAUACCAGACAUUUAUCUACCCACAUAUUGUGAAAGUUCUAGGAAUAAUCAACACUUCUCGGGUUGCAGUAAUUCUUUCUAUGGCAAUUCUUUGUAGUUAUCCUCCUAUGACAUAUCUCUCAAGACCUUGGUUGUCCAUAGUAGUAAAUAUUGCAUCGAUGCUUAAAAAUAACUUUGUGGUUACUAUCAAUACAUGCUCUUUCAUUCUUCAGAACAACUCUGUGCCCCAGCAUCAAAGAGCAACCGCAAAUGGCUUAGCCACCACUUUAAUGUCCUUCUUCAAGGCAUUUGCUCCAGCAGGAGCAGGCAUUCUGUUUUCGUGGGCACAAAAACGCCAACAUGCAUUUUUCUUUCCAGGUGACCAAAUGGUGUUCUUCAUUUUGAUUAUUAUUGAAUUUUUGGAACUCAUUUGGACCUUCAAACCAUUUCUGGCCGUGCCAUAGUAAUUCUCUUCAACCCCAAGUAAUUAAGCUUUCAGAUCAUCGAUAAGUUGGGUGGCAUGUCAUGUUUAUACGGCAGAUAUGUUUGUUUGGGUAUUUGGAUGGUAGCUAAUAAAGAGUUAUGCAUAUUUGAGGAGCAAUACUUAUGUAUCCUGUCAUGUAAUUAUACAUAAGUAUUUAAAUGACCUUUCUCCUUUGGUUUGUAAAAUUUAAAUACUCGAUUUUUCACGAAGAUGAAGCAUAAUAUCACGUAAAUUGCAAGUGUGAAUAAAAACAAAUGGCAAGGUACCAUAUAAUAUUAUAUAGAUUUAUAUUUUUCCAUGUUAAUUUCUAAGUAGUAAUAUAGGCAUGACACAUUUUAAACGAUAUUACCAGAUAAAAUCAUAAAGCUAUGACCUUAUUAUGCUUUGUAUCUGUAUAUAAUGUAUGCUUGUUGUUUAUCGCAGUGGCUAUUGAUUAAUUGUAGCUUAAUCGAAUACGUGAAAUUUGUAUAUGUUACAUUAAACCAUGAUUGCUAAAGAUGGCUAAAGAAAUGUUAGUAUACAUGAGAACAUUCUUCAAUGGCUAAAGUGGGCACACUUCACCAAGAAUGGAGAAGUUUAAAAAAAAUACUUGGAGCUCCUUACAUCCUUAUGGCAAGCCAUUGAUUAUGCAAUUGAAGAUCUAUCAGGCAGUUUAACUAUUCGGAUUCCCAGCUAACUGGUUCGAUAACCAGUUGAACCGGUCGGAUCACCAGUCAGGCUGGUCUGCUACAAGUCAACUUGCUCCGAAAUGCUCAAGAUGGUGUUGCUCAAUGGAUACAAGGCGCUUGGGGACUAGCUGUGGAGGGUAUAACCCCCGGUACCCACAACAAGGUGCAUGGGCCGGCCCACCAGGAAUGGCCUGACCCAGUACCUGAAGACCCGUGGCGCACGGCAGCGCUCGGAGGUGCUCGGCGUGCACCGCAAGUCUACCAUAAGGCAAUUAGCAGAUAUAUAGGGAUCUGAUCUGAUAAGCUAGAUAUCAGAUCCCUUGAUUGAUGCUUAUCAUUGUAAACCAACUAGAUUAGAUCUUAACCGACUUGUAAACCCUAUCUCCCGGCUAUAUAAGGAGGGCAUGGUAACCCCUCAAAAACCCGAUAA